AUGCCAUGCUACGAAGAACAUUUUGUGAAUCAGGUUGAGUCAGAGGAAGAACCUUGGUUUAUGGACAUUUUACUGUAUAUGAAAGAUGGAACCUUUUCGGAUGAUGCAACCAAAGAAGAUCGAUUGGUUCUACGAAAAAUGGCUUUGAAGUAUGUUCUAGCCGAUGGUGAACUGUAUAGGAAGGCUUGGAAUGGAAUGCUUCUAAGAUGUGUAGACAAGAAGGAAGGAGUAGAGAUAAUGAAGAAGAUCCAUGAAGGAGUCUGUGGUACUCAUUUGAGUGGCAUGAGUUUGGCCCAAAAAAUCAUGAGGCAAGGCCACUUUUGGGUACAGAUGGAAGCUUGGGGUAUAGAUAUCAUUGGCAAGAUCACGCCAGCAACUUCGAAUGGUUAUCAGUAUAUUUUGGUCGCCGUGGACUAUUUUUCUAAGUGGAUCGAAGCUCAAUCCUACAAGACUCUGACCGCCAAACAAGUGGCUAGAUUUAUUGAGCAGAACAUUUUCUGUCGCUAUGGCAUUCCCCAUCACGUAGUCACAGAUAAUGGUUCUCACUUCCAAGCAGAUGUCGGCCAGCUGUUAUACAAAUAUAAGGUUGAGCAUCAUCAUUCCUCUCCUUAUCGGCCUCAAGCUAAUGGUACAGUGGAAGCCGCCAAUAAGGAGAUCAAGAAAAUCCUGUCCAAAAUGUGCGAGAAGUAUAGAAGCUGGGCUGAGAAGCUUCCUUUUGUGCUCUGGGGGCAUCGAACUACUUUCAAAUCAGUAAAUGGAGCUUCUCCUUUCGAGCUUGUAUAUGGAAUGGAAGCAGUGUUACCGGUAGAGCUUGAAAAGAAGUCUCUCAGGGUUCUUGUGGAAGCUGGUCUGAUCGAAGAAGAGUGGGUCAAGAAAAGGUAUGGGUCAAGAAAGUUCCAGGAUCAGAAAAUGAGAAAGAGAAGGAUUGCUGCGUUCUACAACAAAGCGGGUUACUCCAAGGGCUUUGAAAAAGGACAUUUAGAUUUAGUGUUGGUCAGGCUGUUAGACCACGAAGCCCAGAGUCAUCCUGGAGGAAAAUUCAGACCCAACUGGCAUGGACCAUUCAGAAUUCAGAAGCUAUUGGUCAAAGGCGCAGCUGAAUUGGUCACUAUGGAAGGGAAGCCUUUUAAUCGGAUCGUUAAUCAAGACCAGAUGAAAAGAUUCUAUGUCUGA